GCAACAGCUGUGUUGUAUACAAUAAGCGAGAGAGAAACGCACGUGUAAUUUGGAAUUCGUUAGGUUUAACAUUUACUGAAUUAAAUUAAAUAAAUUAAUGCUGUUAAACCACAUGCUAAGCAGCUACCGAAAGGCAGUUUGCCUAAAAAACAAAUUUUAUUAGCCGGUCACGACACAAAUCUUUUGCUGCUGCAAUGAGCGAAGCCCUCGACAAAUUGGAACAGGACGUAUUGGCAAGAAAAGAGGCCAAGGAAGCUGAAAAUAAAAAUGUACAAGAAGCUAAUCGUGUAAAGCGGACUUUAAAGCGUAAAAAGUGGGUGGACUGGAAGACACAAGAUGACGAGGAUGCGGCGAAUGGCGUAAAACGUGCUCCUUUUGAUCCUGCGGAUCGCAUCAAGCGCAAGAAGAGCGCCAUACUGCUGAGCUAUUGUGGAGCUAACUAUUUUGGCAUGCAACGCAAUCCCGGAAUGCAAACCAUUGAGGAGGAACUGUUCAAGGUGAUGCUUAAGCACAAAUGGAUCACCGAGGAUUCCUUUGAGCAGGUGCAAAUUGCGUGCUUUCAACGUGCUGCACGCACUGAUAAAGGCGUCUCGGCGGCGCGUCAAGUGUGCUCUGUGAAGCUGCCUGAGGAAUUGAAUUUAGAGGCAUUCAAUCAGGAUUUGCCCGAGGAGAUUCGUUUGUUCGGCGUGGAACGCGUUACCAAAGGCUUCAAUGCCAAGGAUCAGUGCAAUGCACGCACUUACACUUACACAUUGCCCACUGUGGCAUUUGCUUCAAGUUCUGAGGAAACGCCGCCGGAUCAGGAGACGUAUCGCAUUCCCCCGGAACUUACGGAAAAAGUCAGCGAGACACUCAAGCUUUUUGAGGGAACGAAAAAUUUUCACAACUUUACGAGUAAAAAAAACUUUUUAGAUCCCUCCGCCAAGCGCUUCAUCAUGUCCUUUACAUGCAGUACGCCAUUCCAGAGUCCACAAGGAGUGGAAUUCGUAACACUGAAAGUGAAGGGUCAGAGCUUUAUGCUGCAUCAGAUACGAAAAAUGGUUGGCUUAACUAUUGCCAUCGUGCGAGGGAACACAACGACGGCGACGCUGGAACGUGCGUUGACGGAGGAGCGUCUUGAUUUACCAAUGGCGCCUGGUCUGGGCCUCGUCUUGGAUACAGUGCACUAUGAGCGCUACAAUGACCGAUAUGGCAAGGAUGGCAUUCAUUCGCCACUCACCUGGGAGGCGCAGGAGCAGCAAGUGCGUGAGUUCAUAGAGAAGUACAUCUAUGCGAAUAUUUACAAAACGGAAGCGGAGCAAAAUAAUCUAUUGGAUUGGCUGAGUACUCUGCAUUAUCACUCGUACGACACGAGAAGGGAAGAGGCGACAACUGAAGCUGGCGGCGGUCAAAAGAAGAACAGUAACGAGGAUGAUGAUGGCGAGGAAUAGUUAAAAGUAAACAUAGUUAUAGUUUUGAAUUCAAGACCCAUAUUGUAAUUUUUUAUAGCAAUGCAACAUAUUGUAUAAAAUAAAUGCGGCUAAAGUUUAGAAA